AGGCGAGUGCGUGCGGCUGGCCCCAGCUCGUGUCGAUGCCCGGGGCGCGAGCGCUCGCAGUGGGCGGUUCCCGCGGCCCUGGAGCCCUGUUGCCCGGGCCGCAGCCCGCAGCCGACACGCGGCCUCAGGCCGGGCCCCGGGAGCAGGCGGCGGCGGCGGAGGGGACAGGCCGGGCCAUGGCGAGCGGCGGGGCCGAGUGCGCCCGGCUCCAGGCGAACGGGGCCGGCGCGGAGCUGGAGGCCGAGGCUGUCUACGCGCAGGAGGAGUCCGAGUGCAGCAGCCGGCGCUGGGGAGCCCAGCACGUCGGGGCCCGGGAGCUGGCGGAGCUCUACUCCCCAGGGAAAAGACUGCAAGAAUGGAUCAGUGUCAUCUUAUGCUUCUGUCUGAUCUCUUUCAACUUCUGCAGUCUCCUUUCCUACUUGAGCCUGGACCAUACUCUCUCAGUUAUUGUUGGGAUAUUUGCAGGAGUUAUUACUGCUGACUUUCUGUCAGGAUUAGUGCACUGGGGAGCGGACACCUGGGGAUCUGUGGAGCUGCCCAUAGUUGGAAAGGCUUUCAUCAGACCUUUUAGAGAACAUCACAUUGACCCCACGGCAAUUACUAGACAUGAUUUUAUAGAGACCAAUGGAGAUAACUGCAUGAUGACACUAGUGCCAUUGGCAAACAUGGCCUACAAAUUUGUUUCUCUUUCCCCAGAAGCGUUAUACCAGACAUGCCCUUGGGAAUGUUAUGUCUUUGCCCUGGCUAUCUUUGUAACCUUGACAAACCAGAUUCACAAAUGGUCUCAUACGUACUUUGGUCUUCCUCGGUGGGUCAUCUUUCUGCAGGACUGGCAUGUUAUCCUGCCACGGAAACACCACCGAAUCCAUCAUGUGUCUCCCCAUGAGACUUAUUUUUGUAUUACCACAGGUUGGCUGAACUAUCCAUUAGAGAAGAUUGGAUUUUGGAGAUGCUUGGAGAAUAUUAUCCAAGGAGUGACUGGGCAAAAGCCUAGAGCAGAUGACAUGAAGUGGGCUCAGAAAGUUAAAUAAAACUCUUACCAGCCUUCUACAGUU